CCCUUUCAUCGUCACUGCCACCUGACUGAAAUAACCUGUCACACCAUCAGAGAUGGAUGAAUAAAGCUUAUUUCACUUUAUCCUUCUUCACAUACAUUCACAGAGGAUUUAACAGCGUGCGCAGGUGGAGACAGGUGCAGCAGGAGCGGUGUCUGGGUGUAGGUGCGCAGACUCGAAGUCCUGCUCCAUUACUCCAGCAGGUGGCGGUGUUGCGCCUCAGUGUUUGCAGUACGCCACCGUAGAAGAAGAAGCAGGAGGUCCGGUUCGCGUGUGACAGCAGCGGGUCGUGGCGUGAGGGGUCUGACAGGUGAACAGGAGGACAUUGGCGUUGGACAUGUUGGCGCUGCGGUGCAUCAUGGGUGACCUGCAGGGAGGACGGGGACUCCUGCGGAGCCUCGGGAGGACUUUUGCAUCUUCGGUGGUGCUGAGCUUGGGGCAGCGGCCGGCCCAGGUGGGUGGGCGCCCUCAGGCUCGCUUCCUGUCUGGUGAUCGGGACACGGCAGCGGCGGCGGCCAAACUAAAGCUGCGCACUCGGCUGCUUGUCACGGUGCUGUUCGGCGGCAGCCUGCUGGGCGUGUGGUGGUACGUUCAUGCGGAGAGGGAGCAGAAGCUGCGGCGGCAGCGCGUGGAGCAGCUGCGGCAGGUGGCGCUGGGUCAGGGCACCUUCAGCCUCGUGGACCACACCGGGCGCCGCAGGACCAAGCGGGACUUCCUGGGCAGCUGGGUGCUGCUGUACUUCGGCUUCACGCACUGCCCCGAUAUCUGCCCCGACGAGCUCGACAAGCUGAGCGUCGCAGUGGCAGCUUUGGACCGCAACGCCUCGCUGCCACCGGUGCAGCCGCUCUUCAUCACCGUGGACCCGGAGAGGGAUGACGUGGCGGCGCUCGCCCGCUACGUCAAAGACUUCCACCCCCGGCUGAUCGGGCUGACGGGGACGGCGGAGGAGGUGAAGCACGCGGGGCGAGACUACAGAGUGUAUGCCAGCCCCGGGCCCAAAGACGAGGACGGCGACUACAUCGUGGACCACACGAUACUCAUCUACCUCAUCAGCCCCGAUGGCCUCUUCCUCGAUUACUACAACAGGAUGAAGAGCGCCGAGCAGAUCGCCGACAGCGUCCGCAAACACAUGGAGAGCUACGUCACACUCUGAGUUCCAGCAGUUCUGCAGCCAAUCAGGGGCCUUUCCUGUAAUGACCACUCAACGAUGGAGGAUUAAUGGUUUCCUGUCUUCAUCCAGGAUGUGCCUCUGUGGUGAUGCGGGGCUGUAAACGUGUUUGAAUCUUUGAGUUUUAUCAUUAAUCACUAAAAACAUAAAAGAGACGGUGGGAACGUCCUGAGUGGAUGGCGCCGUCUCACUUCCUGUUUCUAUUUGUGAUAAAACGUCAGAUUUACCUGGACAGAGUUCCUGUUUGAGGUGUUUGUAUCAGACAGGUGAAGCUGUCCUUGUCUUUGUCUCAAACUGCUUCCAUCUGAAGGCCCGGGGUCACGACCUGGGGUCACGCUGCAACUAAAAGUGAAAUAAGACAUUUUGGAGUGGCUUUUUUUUUGGAUGAUGAUGUAAUGAUGAUGUAAGCUGUCACACAGACAGACUGAAACUGAUGGAGCAGCUGUGACUUUGAAUCACAUGAUGCAGAACACGGUUUUUCCACACACACACCUGACGGAUCUGCUCUGGAAAGCCUGCACAGCUGUUUUGACAUUUCCGUGGAAACACCAACCUGACCUUUGGUACCACCAUCAUCAUCACUGUGCUUGCAUCAUUGAAAUAAAUUAAUGCAGUAAAAACAGGAAA